AUGAGUGGCAUUUUAGAACUUAGUUUCUGUAUCUUGGCUUGAAUAACGAAUGCCUGAGAUGCUGUAUUCUCAAAGAUCUUAAAAUUUCCAAAGAGGUCAUGAGCUAUAAGUUUGUUUGCCGCAUCUCCUAUUGCUGCUUAUUUUAUGUAUUCUAAACUAAAAAAAGUCUCUCAAAAUCAUCAAAGAAAAGAAGAAUAUAUACCAUACUGAGUUUUAUAUAAUUUAUUAAACAGAAAAAGUCUCUUUAAUGACUUCAACUUAUAUCAAAUAACUACCAGUGAAGAAGAGUCUGAGAAUCUUAAAAGAGAGCUAAAAAAUGAUUUCGAAGUCAUUUCUUCGCCCCCUAUUCAUAUAAAAAAGCCAGGAAGUGAAGAUAUAGUCCAAGUAGAAAAUAGAGAAGGAUUUAAAAUAAAAGAAGAUAAAUACCCAAUCUUUAUUUGCUGGGAAAUUGCGAGGUCUGCGUUAAACUUUUUGGGUUUAAUUGAUGUAAAAUUAUGAGAUAAAUAAGUAUUUUUGUAGAUGAUUAAGAUAUUAAAGUAAGAUUAUAUAGGUAAAGCUAUAUAAAAGGAUAUAAGUUAUUUGAAAACUGAUAUUUUACUCCCAAAUAAGCCAGGAGUUAUUAUUCCAUUUUAUAAACAUAAUCAAGGAUUCAGGAAAGAAUCCAAAGAAGAGCAAGGUGUGUUGUGCAUUGAGUCAAAUUUAGAUUCCAAGCAUGAAAUUAUUACAGAAAUAAAAAAUUGGGCAAAAAAUAAGAACCGUCCAGCAGAAUUCAUAAAACCUCUAGGACUGCCUAAUAUUGGAGAUACUUGCUAUAUGAAUGCUUUAAUUCAAGCAUUAUCUAUCAUGCCGCAAUUUGAUUCAGUCCUUUCUUCGCUUAACUCAUCCUUAUUUGCAUCUCUUGCAGAAAUUCUCACAGCAUUGAAAGCGAGAAAUAAAAAUUUUGAUUACAGAAAAUAUUUGACAGAAUUUCAAAGCAAAAUUAUUGAGAAAUUUCAUAUGGUAUCAUUUAUUUACUCCCCCCCCUCCGUGAGUGAGCAAACCCAUUGAAAAAUCGCUAUUUUCUGCCCAAAAGCCCACCCUCCGUGAGUGAACAAAAAUUUUUUAAUACAAAAACUUUUAUGGAAAAAAAUUUUGAUAUAUAAGUGAUAAUUAGCAUAAUGAAAUAUAGUGCUAAUUCUGUUUAAUUUUAAACGAAUUACUUUUUAAAACAUAAAUUCUAUAAUAUUUGCUUUCCAAUUUUUGCGAAUUAGGAUUUUUUUUAAAUUUCGAAAAAAAAUAUUUUUUUAUAAAAUUUAUAUAUAAAUUUUUUUAAAAAAAAAAAUUAAUUAACCCUCCUUGAGUGAACCAAAUUUUUUUGUUCACUCACGGAGGGGAGGGGAGUUAGUUUUUCGCCCAUGCUCAGCAUGAUACUAAAGAGUUAUUUAAUGUUCUCAUUGAUGAAAUAGUGUCAAAUUUUGAAGAGCACCAAGAUAAAUUUACAAUUUUCACCACAAAAAAGUUCUAUUGCAUAAAAGGCCAUGAUCCAGCAGAGAAUAAGGAAAGUCAGUUAUUUUUAGUAAUUCCUGAAAAUUCUCUUGAGGAUAUUGAUGCUCAUGUAAGAAGGGAUCAUUAUUUUAAGGACAAAAAUCAAACUUGGUGUGAUACUUGUGGGAAUAUGAGAGAUACGGAAUUAAAAGUUGAGAGCGUGAAAUAUCCUUUGAAUCUAACUAUUUAUGUUCCUGGGAAUGGAGUGAUUCGGGAGCCAAAUCAUAAAAUUACACUGGAUAAUGAAAAAUAUUAUUUAUAUGCAGUUAUUUGUCAUUCAGGAAGUAAUUUAUUUGGUCAUUAUUGGGCACAUUUACUUAUAGAUGGCAAAUGGAUUGAAUGCAAUGACAGUAUUGUUCGGGAAAAAUCACCAGAUUUAUCAAGCUGUUAUAUGCUUUUUUAUUCUAAAGAGUUAAUUAAGCCUCACAAUAAACUUUCAUAA